UUGAAAAUUAUGUGCUCGUCGUCAUUGCGCCUUUUUUCUGAGGCAAUGAUCCCUAGAAAGCAAUUAUUCAUCACUACCCCAAGUGAGCUCAUCGCAUUGAAUUCGCUGUGCCAAAUGUUUUUCGUCAAUCUUCGCAUUUCCGUUCGUCUGAGCUCCUCUCAAUGCCGUUACUCUGUCUGUGACUCGGAGGCGGUGGAUUUGCUUAGAGUCAUUGCGGAUGUUAUUGAGCGGUGGCUUGAAGCGGGAAACCUGGUUGCGGCUCUGCGAGUUGUGGGUUUGUGGUUGCGACGACUCGGGGGUGAUGCACUUGCGGUAGAGAGCUUCGGAUGGUUUUGAGCUUUUUGAACUAAGCCGCCGCGCCUGAGUUUGUGUUAAGCAUCUCAUUAGUGACUCUGGGUCUUUCUUUGAUAUGGUUGCGGACGUUGAGGAGAUCAGCUAUGCAUCAGAGUUUGAGCAUAGAGUUGUAAGGCUUCUGGACUGCUUUCGCUCACCUGGGUCGAUGUGUGCUAGCGUUUGGAGUACAUAGUUUGUUUGUUUUGCAGUCUCUCACGAACUUUGAGAGAAUCUCAAUCUUUUGCUGCGGAUCAUUUUCUGAGGAACAUAGUCACAAUUGGUUUGUGAAGCGCGUGUUCUUGUUGCGCUUGGUGUUGGAAUGGGAGGGAGGCAAGUAUGAGACGAUUCUCAUCUCUUUCCCGUUUGUAAGCGUAUCAUCAUGUUGAAGUAAGUAUGGACGGGUGCUGAGGCUGUGUAACUACAUAUUCGAGAGGUGGAGGAGAAAUGUUAUCAAUCCUGUAAUCCUGCCGACAGCCAUGGUUAGGGAGACAAACCCUGGAGCUUUCUACGACAAGCUUCGGAAGGCUGUUGCGACAUCGGUUGGAUCCCCGCUACUGAUAUUCCCAUCUGCCUCGGAUGUGGAUUCCCUUUGUGCCCUGAAGAUCGUCACUAACCUCUUAGUGCAAGACUCAGUACGUUACUCUGUCUACCCAGUUGCAGGAUUUCAGAGUAUCCAGAGUCUUGCGGGUCGGUCGCUCAGGUCGGAGGAUGACUCCAUCGUGGUUUUUCUAAUCAACUGGGGCGCCUCCCGCAAUUUGCUUCAGCUGCUGCAGCUUGGAUCGAAAGCACAGGUGUUUGUGGUGGAUAGUCAUCGACCCAUUCAUUUGCACAAUUUGAGUGACCUGAACCCUCAAGUUACGAUCUUGUUCACACACGACGAUGAGACGCAGUCCGAUACGCCAUAUGGGUUUCCUCUCUACAGGUUGUCCAGCUUCAUUUCUACCAAUGAUUCAAAUCUUGAUGUUUAUGAAGACUCGGAGUCGGACUUAGACUCAGAUUCGGAUUCUGACGAUGAUGGGAGGAGGAGGAAGAGACGGAAGAAAAGCUAUAACGAUGGAGACGAUGAGCAACGUCGAGAAGAGGAGCUUCUCAAGGCCGAAUAUUACAGGAUGGGAUGCUUUCAUGGCCGUCCAUCUGGGUGUCUUAUGUUCGACAUAGCCCAUACUCUGCACAAGAACACAAAUGAGCUCCUUUGGCUGGCGGGAGUGGCGCUGACGGACCAAUUUGUACAUGAACGAUUGAGUAAAGAGAGAUAUGAUUCUACCCAAAGCGAGCUUGAAGGGUUUGUAGCGUUGGCUGGCAAUUUCGAGAGCAGCACCAGUGUCACCCUAAAGGAUGGGACGCGAGUCCGUGCGCCAGAUGUGUCGAGGAUCAUUUUCGACGAGGAGCCUCGUCUUAUGCUGCUCAGGGAGUGGAGUUUGUAUGAAGCCAUGAUGUGCUCCUUCUACGUAGCCCCCAAGCUGAAAACAUGGGGCGACAGUGGCUUGAAAACCAUGAAGCUCUUGAUUGCCAAGAUGGGAAUCUCCCUUGCAGAGUGCCAGCAGCAGUACCAGUACAUGAAGAACGAGACUAGGAAAGGAUUGAAACAAAUGUUAGAGAAAGUAGGAAAAGACGCGGGCCUAGGUGAUUUGUACUUCAGAAACUUGUACAGGUUUCAUGGGUAUAACGAUCAAGUAUCAGCAGCGGAUGUGGUGUAUGGUGUCACAGCUCUAUUAGAAGCUUCCACUACAGAUAUGAAGAAAGACUGGACGGAUAAUUUCUGUACAGCCCUUGAAGCCCUCUCACCUGAUAAGUGGGAUCAUUUGCGAGCAGGGAUGCAGCUCGCAAUUAAGGUGCAACGAGCUUGUAUGAGUAUUGGUAGCGCUGCUAUUGUAAAGAAAGGUGAAAUCAAGAUGUGUAAAGCCUUCAGGUAUUUUGAACUUCCCAAGUGUGUAGACGCUGAGCUAUUAGCGCAUCCGCUUUCUCUGACGAAGCUCUGCUACUUCGUCAUGGAUUCUUUGAAGGAGCAAGGCCGGGCAGUGAAACCCAUGAUAUGCUAUGGGAUCAUUCCAGGGCCGGCGAAUGAGGCUCUUAUUGUAGGUGUAUCCCACAGGCCACGUCUUGGAGCUACUAAUGGAAACAGGUUUGGCUUGGUCUUUAGAGCCAUAGCUGAGAAAAUUGGAUCAAAUUUUAGCCACGAUGCAUUUGAGUCGUCGUGGAUUCAUUUACCUUCUGAUGACGUGACACGGUUCAUGCAGGAACUGCAAUCUUCACUAGCCAGUUAUAAUUCACUAUGAAACUAGCUGGCGACGAGUGAGGAAGUAGUAACCAGCAUUAGAACUCGCAGUAUAGUUGCCAACAUGUAUGCACUAGAUUCUUAACCUAAACCUGUAUUAGAAUCUGUUGUCCUUCCCUGAUAGCAAUUUUUGCAGGUGGGUGCACUGGACCCUCUCAUGUAGUUUUGUUGUAAUCCCGAUGCUCAAUCGGAUUUUCCUGCUCAAGAAUGUCAAUCUAAUUAAAUUCAAGGACUUUUCACUCAUGAAGGCUA